UCUUCUUCUUCUUUCUCCUUGAAAUUCCACCGCCACCGUUGCAAUCACAGCCCAAUCAAUCCAACCCUAAUUUCCAUCUAACCCUAAUUUCCAACGGGGAUUUGUUUCCCAAGUCAAAAUGUCGCGACGAACAAUUCCGAUCCUUAAGCAGGUCCUCUCCGGCGUCCGACAAACAACCACGACCCGAUCUGUAACCUACAUGCCUCGACCCGGCGAUGGCACCCCACGCGCGGUCACCCUUAUACCCGGAGACGGCGUCGGACCACUCGUCACGGGCGCGGUGGUGCAGGUUAUGGAGGCUAUGCACGCGCCUGUCUUCUUCGAGAAAUACGAUGUCUAUGGUGAUAUGAAGGCCGUCCCUCAGGAGGUGAUCGAUUCGAUUAAGAAGAAUAAGGUUUGUCUCAAGGGCGGGCUGAAAACACCCAUGGGAGGAGGUGUGAGCUCGCUGAAUGUGAUGUUGAGGAAGGAGCUCGAUCUUUAUGCAUCCCUCGUUCAUUGCUUUAACCUCCAAGGACUCCCCACUCGCCACGAUAACGUUGAUAUUGUUGUGAUUCGGGAGAAUACCGAGGGCGAAUACUCUGGCCUCGAGCACGAGGUUGUUCCUGGAGUUGUAGAAAGCCUCAAGGUUAUAACAAAGUUCUGUUCUGAACGAAUUGCAAAAUAUGCUUUUGAGUAUGCCUAUCUCAACAACCGGAAGAAGGUGACUGCUGUGCAUAAAGCAAAUAUUAUGAAGCUUGCAGAUGGUUUAUUUUUAGAAUCAUGUCGUGAAAUUGCUAGCAAGUACCCCAGUAUCCAGUACAAUGAGAUGAUCGUGGAUAACUGCUCGAUGCAACUUGUUUCUAAGCCAGAACAGUUUGAUGUUAUGGUGACGCCCAAUCUUUAUGGGAAUCUGGUUGCAAAUACAGCUGCUGGUAUUGCUGGGGGAACUGGUGUCAUGCCUGGAGGGAAUGUGGGGGCUGAUCAUGCCAUUUUCGAGCAAGGUGCUUCUGCUGGUAAUGUAGGAAAUGAGAAAUUACUGGAGCAAAAGACAGCAAAUCCAGUGGCUUUGCUUCUUUCUUCAGCUAUGAUGCUCAGACACUUGCAAUUUCCUUCGUUUGCGGAUCGACUAGAAACUGCGGUAAAACGUGUCAUAGCAGAUGGUAAAUACCGAACAAAAGAUCUCGGUGGAGAAAGUACAACCCAAGAAGUUGUGGAUGCUGUCAUUGCAAAUCUUGACUGAGAUUCUGUGUGAUUUCUGGACGACAUAGUACAUUUGAAAGCAUCCUUUUUGUAAUGAUUCUUUAUUUCACCAGUUGAUUUUUGUGCCGACCACGGAAUACUAUAUCCUAGGUCAAAUAAUGAUGGUGAGUCUUCUCACUUACGGUACAGUAGAAUAAGAAUCAAGGAAAAUUUGGAGUUCAUUGGAAGACUUUGGUUUUGUGUAAUGUCCAAAAUUUGGAUUUGCAUACUGAUGCCAUUCAUUUUUUUUUUUAAUUUAUGAUGAAUUUGUCAGACAGUUUCUGGAACUUAUGAAUUGAAAAUAGACAGGACACUUCUGACUGG